ACUUCCUCUGUGUAUGCUGUAAAUUCAAUUUUGUUUGUGAAACCGAUGAAUUAAUAGUUGUGAUAUCUUUGAUGAUGAAACUGUAUGUAAUCUUCUUAGAAAUGUGAUAAAUUUAGGAUAUUUUGGAAGCAUGGAAUAUGUUGUUACAUUUCACAUAUGUUGCUUAUUUUGAUUGAAAUGGGUAGUCAGACGGUGUACUUCCUCUCAUCAAGAGGUUUCCUGCGUCUAACAGUCGUGCCAGAUUAACUGCCAUCAACACACGAGGGAAGUCACACAUGCUUCUUGAGGUGGGAAAACAACCAUGAAUGACUCACAAAAUUCCGACACCAAAAUGGACAAUGCCACCUUGGCCAUGUUUGACAACAAAUUGGCCAGUGAAAUAGUGUCAGCCAUCUAUGUCAUCGUGACCCUUGCCAACCUGAGUGGUAACGGCAUCUCUCUGUUUCUGUUACUGAUGCGCACCUCUCCGAAAACCCCCUCUAUCAUCUUCAUGAUCAACCUCACCCUCACUGACCUGAUACUGGGCACUGUGCUCCCCUUUCAGAUCGCGUACCAAAUGCAGGGCUACAACUGGACUUUGGGUGCAGGCAUGUGCAAUGUACUGACGGUGGUUUUCUUUGCCAACAUGUACUGCUCCAUUUUAUUCAUGACUGCUAUUAGCGCCGACCGCUACCUGGGGAUUGUGAAACCGAUGCGCUUCAAAGAGAUGAGGAAGAGAAAAACAUAUGCAAUUGUUGCCUGUAUAUUCAUAUGGGUGCUAGUCCUUGUGAUUCUUAACCCGAUGGAACGCACAGAACUGACAUAUUAUGUAAAGGAGCGCAAUAUCACCACAUGUUUUGACGUGUUGAGGAAGGACAUGCUCCCAGGGAUUGCUCACUGGGCGGGCUUCCUUUUUGGCUUGUUCAUCAUCCUCUUUCUCUGUCCGUUCAUCAUAACAGUGUUUUGCUACAUUAACAUCAUCUUUGUCCUUGUCAGAAAGACCAAUAGUCAACAGAAAAGCCGUGCUGUGCGGUUGGCGUGCAUCGUUCUGUUCGUGUACAUUUUUUGUUUUGCUCCCAAUAACAUAUUACUCUUGGCCCACUCAAUUGCAAGGCUGUACUACAACAAGUCUCUCUAUUUCUACUAUAAACUCUCCCUAUCUCUUAGCUGCAUUAAUAGUUGCCUAGAUCCAUUUAUUUAUUAUUUUGCAUCAAAGGAGUUUCGUCGGAAGCUGAGACAAAUGCUGAGGUUGCAGACUCUCAGUACGGGAGAGACUCAAAUGAUUGAGGGUCAUAGAGAAAGCUUUUUCUCUGGACGUACAACGUGCAAUGCAAAUGAAGACUGUGACAAUUGUUAACAUUUCUUUUGGAAAUGUUAAAAAUCAGGAAAAUGUCAUGAUUCAGAUUUGCAGCGGCCACAUGAGCACUGUUAAAUGAGUCAGAGCACAAGCGCUAACCGCUAGGCCACAGCUCUGACCCGAUUCCUAGUGUUUACAACAAUAUAUUUGUAAAUGCAAACACAUAGUAAGGGCCACUUCCUAUAUUUUGUUUUUGUUGUUAUUUUUUUGUAGCAUUUAGCUUUUGUUCUGUUUUGAUUUCCUGGCUGAGCAGCUGAGGAAAAGCACGCUGCUCACAUGCAUUCAGGCAGCGUGAUGUUGUGUACUAUUUUUUUUUUUUUUUUUGGUAUCAGUCAAACCAAGUUCCUACUCACCGAAACUUUGACAUAUUUGUUUUGUACAUUGAUGUGUGGUUAGACUAAGCAGCAACUUCAGUAAUUUCUGAUUUAACUUAAAAAGUACAAAGACUUCAUGUGGUAGCUAUUUUAGAUGUAUUGCUAACCUGUAAGUUUUUUUGUACUGUAAAAUAUGCAGUUAUGUUUUAGUUGGAACUAUUUUUUUUUUCUAUGAACCAAACUGUUUUAAUAUUUAUUUUACUUAAGCUGUUUAUAAUGUGCCUGCAUUAUUACAUUCUAAUCCAUUGUUACAUGUUUGUUAUUUGUUUUUAUUGCUCUGUGGUAACAAAGUAUACAAAGUCAUAUAGGGGCAUUUAUUUUGUCAUGUUAUAAUAAAUAAAUACAUCUGAACAAA